AGGCGGGGCUUGGUGCGACCUGGGCGGGGCCUGCUGUCUCCGGUUCGGAGGACCUGCUGCUCCGGCGGUUCCUUCUCGACCUGGGCAUGCGGCGCCUUCCUGCCUCCUUCCCCGGGCCUUUCCUCCUCUGAGCGCCUUCCCCGCCGCUAUGGCGUCGUCGAGGGGCGAGAGGGAGGCGCGGGCGGCGGGCUCCUGCUCCUCGCUGGAGGAUGGGCAGUGCGACUCGGGCCUGGGCUCGCUGCGCUCCUUGCAGGGCCCGCUGGGCGAGGACCAGGGCCAGAGCCAGCCCCUUUCCCCGGCUCCCCGCGGGCCCUCACCGGGCAAGGAGGCUCCCACCGAAGCCGACGAGAGGCUGGACUCCAGCUACGGCUCUGCUUCUUUAGUCGAGGCCUUGGCGGCCCUGGAGGAGGUCCCCAAAGAGGAGGAGGAGGAGGAGGCAGAAGAAGAAGAAGGAGAACGCCUCAGACAGCAGCUGCUGGAGACCUUCGCCUUCGUCUCAGAAGAAGGAGAUACGUUGCUGCACUUAGCAAUCAUCCACUGUGUGCCCUAUAUAGCACUCUGCUGCAUCGCUGAAUUGCCUGUUGAGGCUUUGGAGAUUCAGAAUGACUUAUUCCAGACUCCACUUCAUUUGUCUGUGUACCUUGAGCAGUCCUUGGUGGUCCAAGCAUUAGUCCUGAAAGGGGUGAACACAGCCUUGCAGGACCGCAGUGGAAACACCCCACUGCACUUGGCCUGUGAGCAGCAAAGUCUGGAGUGCACUCAGAUGCUGCUGAUUCAGGAACCAACCACUGACAAUAACAGGGUGGCAAGGAAUUCUCUGCAGGACCUGCAGCUUCAAAACUGGCAAGGGUUGACUUGCCUACACAUCAGCACCUUGAAAGGAAACCUGCAACUGAUGACACUGCUGGUGAAGAAUGGAGCUGACAUUAAUGUUCAGGAUGGCACAAGUGGGAAAACACCCCUGCACCUGGCAGUGGAGAACCAUGAUGAGAUAGCCGUGAAGCACCUCCUGCAAAUGGGAGCCCAGGUGGAUGCUCAGAUGUACAAUGGUUGCACUCCGCUGCAUCUUGCUGUGGGCAGGAAGGAUACUACAAUUGCUGCCGUUCUCUGCCAUUCGGGAGCUGACACCUUGCUGCGGAACAUGGAAGAUGAGACAGCCCAGGACCUGGCUGAUGGCAAUGAUGAUAUCCUAACACUUUUGCCUUUUGAUGACCUGAAGAUCUCAGGGAAGCCUGUGGUGUGCUCCAGUUAAGCAUCCCAAGAGUUUGAAGGUUGAUAGUUAAUCGUAUGGAAGGUGGACCACAAUUCACUUCCUUCCUGUUAACAAGAGCAGAACUGGACUGCUAGUAAACAGUUCCCUUUGCUUCAGAAAGCAAGCCUCUGUACUUCUUCAGACAAUUUUGAAAAGUAUACAGAACUGUGAGAGCUCAUGCAAGGGAAAGCUGCUCUCUUGGGUUUAAUCCCUGGAUAGUCACAUGGAUGAGUUUCGUUUUUGAAGGACUAAAGACUGGUGUACAUUUGUUAUGCUUGCAUCGUGUCCUAAUUAUGAGAAACAGAAGUCUUAAGAGGAUGACUAUUUUUUUCUGACUAUGCAGUGAAUAGAGGCAAGCAUAACCCUCAUUCUUCUCCCUCUCUCUGUAUCCCAGCUUAAGCCAAUGAUGGAAAUCUGCCAGAAGGGGUUGUCUUGUCUUUCAUAUUUUUGUUUUGAACAUACUUUUUCUCUACCCAUUUUUCUGACCUAACUGCUGUUGCUUAGGCCUUGGGUGUUUCCUUCAGUGGUUCAUGCUAAGGCUGCAUUGCUAGCCAGGCUUCUAGAUGCAAUGUCCAAAUUCAGAAUAGCUCCAACUCUCAUGUGUUGCCUCCUGUGGAGGAAAACCCUCACAAACUGAAUUACAGGACUAGAAAUUGUCCUCAUUUCCACGCUGCCUCUGGGACAGACAUAAGCUAUGGGAAUAAGUAUGAUCUCAGGAGUCUCUCAUAUGAGAAAACAGAUAGUGUUCUUCAGGUGAGACCCAAGGAAGGUCCUGUUUUGCUUGAGUACUGUUCAGGUUUUCUAGUUGUGCUGCACAGGAAAAUUCUAACUUAUUGAAAUCCUGUCUUUUAAAUACUGCGCUUCCCUCAGGCACAUGUAACUGAAGGUAACAUUCAGGAAGAGAAGGGAAAUGGCAGGGGCUGUCCCUCUUCAACAGAGCAACAGGGCUUAGAACAUGCUAUUUUGUACCUUGCUCUUGUUCAUCUUGAACAUAAGGAUACAGCAGAUGUAUGACAAAACACAGGGUUUGUGUUACCAUGGAUGACAGAAACAUUUUAUAGGAACUACUUGCUAGAUCUCAACUCUUUGCCAUUAGAGUUUUUACUUUAGGGUUUAAACUGUUGACCGCAGUCACUGGGUGGUCAGGUUUUGUAAUCACCUGUCAAGAGAUAACUACAAAAAAAACAUGUUUUGGAAAUAAUAUGGGGACUCAGAAUUGUGAUGUUUCCAUAUACAUGGGGGUAUUUUCCCUGUUGGUGGUUAUUGAAUUCCAUCAGGGCAGGAGGAGGGGAUAAAGCCUUUCUACAGCUGAUGAGGUGCUUUUAGGUCAUUGAAUGAUAGGAAUGAAAGUUGCUUACAUGUAAACCUUGCUCCAAAGGGGGGGAGGGGGAUUCCCAGUUCCCUCCCUUCCUUCAUUUGCUGCCUUGGAGCGGCCCUUUGUAAUGUGGCAAGUCCCAGAUGGCGCAAUCAGUUGGGAUGUCAUAAGCAUAGCUUUCCUUCUGUCCUUCCUCCUUAAUUUCGAUCCUUCAUUACUUCUUUCCUUCUCUGUCUGUAAGAGACAAAACUAGAAGCAGCAGCAGCUUUACAUAAAAUUGUCCACCAAAUGUUUGCCUUUUUUUGUAUCAUGCUCUAGCUUUAAACUUUUGCUUCUCUGUUCUCCCCUCUUAGUCAUCCCCCCAGAUUUUAAAUUUUCUUUCUCAAAACCAAAAUAAAGUUCUUAAACUGUAAAAAAUCUGA